AUGCUGAACAACUGGCUCAAUGCACGCGCAGUAACCCAGUUUCAUCCUGUACAAGAAAAACAGGUUCAACCACUCCUACGCCGAUUAGUUUGUCUUAUAGACGACCCGCACCCAUUUGAGAAGGUCAAGCGUAGUAUUUUUAUCAACACAGCGUCAUCAAUGCUUAAGCUAGCAUACGGAUACACUCUACAAGCAGAUGAUCCAGUGUUUCAAGAUAUUCACCUUACUACUAAAAACUCUGAAGUGGCGGGAAUGUUUACAAACUUCCUUGUCAAUGUGUUCCCUCUUUUGUCUUAUGUUCCGCACUGGUUUCCUGGCGCGGGUUGGAAACGCACCGCGUACGGAUGGAGGCAAUUAAAGGAGCAGGCUCUAUCCGUACCGUACGAAUGGACAAAGGCUCAAAUUGCUUCUGGGACUGCAGAGCCCUCCAUUCUGGAAGAAGAGAAAGAGAGAAGUAUGAAAGAGGUUGCUUUUAUCAUUGUCGGCGCUGGGACCGAUACGACUUCGACAGCGCUUGUCGCUUUUGUUGCAGCAAUGGUCCUGAACCCGGAUGUACAGGCAAAAGCCCAAAAGGAACUAGACAGUGUUCUCGGGCCUACUUCGCUUCCCACAAUGUCUGAUCGCGAGCGACUUCCUUAUAUGCGAAAGCUUAUUCAAGAGGUACUGAGGUGGCAACCAACGGUCCCAACAGCCGUCCCUCAUGCGUGCUGGCGAGAUGAUACUACGAAGGAUAUGACAUCAAAAAAGGGACAGUCGUCAUCUCUCGCUCACGGAUACUUCAGGGCAAUCACGCGGGACGAAAACAUAUACAAAGAUCCUGAAGCUUUUAAUCCAGACAGGUUUCAGGAUCUAGACGUGCCACAUGCACCAGUAUUCGGAUGGGGAAGACGUAAAUGCCCUGGGAUCUAUUUCGCAGAGGCAUCGUUAUUCAUUACGAUAGCAUCACUCCUCGCUACAUUUACGUUCUCAAGGAAGAGAGAACCGGAUGGACAAGAGAUUGUUCCCAAGAUCGAAAACAUGUCGAACGCACUCGUAAUUCCACUGGCCACCGCAGCUACGCUGUGUAUAAUGCCCAUGCGAGCCUCGAGAACACCAUCAACCUCCUACUACCUCUCUCAUACCACCCAAUCUUUCACUGCACACCAUGUCAGCUCAAUCAGUCCAGCCUACCACCGCGCCGCGGCCUUCGGAGCUGUCACGGCCCAGAAGGACUCCUCUCCUAUCGUCGGCUCGAGCGACGAGACCGGACAGAAAGAUGAGAGAGCGGUCCAAAUCCCGGUCAUCGCCGCCAUGGCCAGCUUUAACACACUGAUAGUUGCGGUGCAAAUGUUCCCUUUCUGGGCGCGUAACAUCGUCAAGCUUCUUCCGUGGUACUUUUCUGGAUUUAUGAAGCAGACUCGCUUCUUUGGCUUGGUAACCGCCCUGAUAGAGGCUCGACUGAAGCGUGGAUCGAACGAAGAGGACGGACCCGACUUUAUAGACAAGUUCCUGGAGGCUAAGAACGAAGACGGUACUGGGAUGACUGCAGAUGAGCUACGCUCCAAGACAAGCGUGAUGCUUCUUGCUGGAAGUGACACCUCAAGCAAUACUCUCAGCUCGUUAUUCUACCACGUCAUCAUACACCCCGACAUGCAGCGCAAGUUGCAGAACGAGCUGGAUGAGCAUCUGUCACCAAUCCAAUCAGAGGACAGUAACAACGAGGGUGGCAUUGUCGUUCCUCCUAGUGACAUAGUGCCCGACUACAACAACAUCAAAAACUUACCCUAUCUCAACGCACGCAUCAAAGAAGUGCUUUGCCUACACUCGACCAUUGGCACCGGCCUUCCUCGCAUUGUUCCUGAAGGAAAGACGCUGACAGUUGCGGGUCAGACGUUUAAGGCGGGAAGCGUGAUUAGCGUGCCUUCGUACGUGACCAACAGGUUGGAUGUGUGGGGAUUGGAUGCGUCUGAGUUUCGACCUGAGCGGUGGCUGGAUGAGAAUGCGGCGUUGGUGAACAAGUACUUUGUGCCGUUCUCGACUGGGCCUUGGUCUUGCAUUGGACGAAAUCUGGCAUAUAUGAAUCUGGCACUCAUUACGGCAGGGCUGCUACGGCGCUACUCGAUAGAAGCACUUCCUACAACCAAGGUAUUAACGGUACAUGGAACAUUCGUGAGAGAGGCGGCACAUUGCGAAGUCGCAAUCAAGCGCCGGGACUAA